ACUGGCAGGACACGUACCGUCGUAGGCUCCCGAGUGGCCCUUGCUAACUUUAUUGCAAAUUUCCUUUACUCUUCAGUGAUGUGUCUCUGAGUGUAAUAUCUCUAGUGAUCGUUGUGUUUUCUCUUCAUAAUGAGUGAUCAUGAUCGGAAAAGUUACUACGAGAAGGACGACCAGGAAGAAAUUUACGCGCCAAAUAAUAACAAUUCGUUGUAUAGCAACGGGACUUUACAUUACUGUAGCAUUUACAGUCAAAGAACGGUGCAAGAAACGAAAGGAUGGGACUCGUUCCGAGAAUUUCCGCCGAAGCAGGACAGUGGCUCCAUGGAGAGCCAGAAAUGUCUCGAGUUCACAGUGCGACUGCUCAAGAUAUUAGCUUACGCCGUCACGUUCGUGGUGGUGCUUGGCUCUGGGGUCAUCGCCAAGGGGACGGUGCUGUUCAUGACGUCACAGCUCAAGAAAGACAGGCGGCUCGCUUAUUGUAAUAGAAAUUUAGGUAGAGACAAGCAAUUUAUAGUAAGCCUUCCGGACGAAGAACGAGUGGCAUGGAUGUGGGCGCUCCUUGCGGCGUUCGCUAUCCCAGAAAUAGGAACAGUCAUUCGCGCCGUGAGGAUAUGUUUCUUCAAGUCUUCGAGACGACCGACGAGUGCACAGUUCAUUGUGGUGUUUAUUGCAGAGUCACUCCACACGAUAGGUCUGGGGUUGUUAUUCUUCAAGAUACUUCCAGAGCUCGACGUCGUCAAAGGCGCUAUGAUAACCAAUUGUCUCUGCAUUAUCCCCGCGAUACUGGGCCUACUCUCAAGAAACUCGCGAGACUCGAAGCGGUUCAUGAAAGUUAUCGUCGACAUGGCCGCUAUUGUAGCACAAGUCACCGGGUUUAUUGUGUGGCCUUUGUUGGAAAAUAAGCCCGUGUUAUGGCUGAUACCGAUCGCGUCUUUAUGCAUUUCCUUGGGAUGGUGGGAGAACUACGUAACCAGACAGAGCCCCAUUGGUAUAAUCAAAAGCUUAGGCAGACUAAAAGAAGAGUUAAAUCAUUCAAGAUAUUUUACUUACCAGUUCAUGUCCAUAUGGAAAAUAAUGCUGUUUUUGAUGUGCAUUCUGUUCAGCAUAUGGAUGGAAGGCGACGAUCCGGCGAUGUUCUUCCAACUGUUCAAUGCUGGAUUUGGGCCACAUAAUAUCGUAGUUGAAGAGAUACAAAUUCAAACAGGAGGCACGACGAUUCCUGAUCUAGUAAAUGCCACACUGACCGGAGACUCGGUAGAGGUUGCAGCAGUUUACAAGUCUGCCUUCUACGUUCUGCUUAUACAAAUGUUUGCUGCAUACUUCUGUUACAUUUUCGGAAAGUUCGCGUGUAAAAUCCUCAUUCAAGGCUUCAGUUAUGCGUUCCCUAUCAAUCUAGUCAUCCCGCUGGUAGUGAACUUCUUGAUCGCUGCUUGUGGAAUAAGGAAUGGGGACAACUGUUUCUUCCACGGAACCAUACCUGAUUAUUUGUUUUUUGAAAGCCCACCAGUUUACACCCUAAGCGAUUUUAUUUCUCGCCAAAUGGCUUGGGUGUGGUUAUUAUGGCUUCUAUCGCAAACGUGGAUAACGAUACACAUUUGGACCCCGAAGGCAGAGCGUUUGGCAUCUACGGAGAAAUUGUUUGUCUUACCAAUGUAUAAUGGACUGCUUAUUGAUCAAAGCAUGGCGCUCAACAGAAAGAGGGAUGACCAUAAAGAUGUAAAGACUGAGGAUCUUGCCGAAAUCGAGAAAGAAAAGGGUGACGAAUACUACGAAACCAUCUCAGUACAGUCAGACAACACUGGUGCUUCUCCCAAAACCAUCAAGUCUUCAGACCAAAUCACUAGAAUAUACGCAUGCGCUACUAUGUGGCACGAAACGAAAGACGAGAUGAUAGAGUUCUUGAAGUCGAUCCUCAGGUUGGAUGAAGAUCAGUGCGCGCGGCGUGUCGCUCAGAAGUACCUUCGCGUAGUGGAUCCUGAUUACUAUGAAUUUGAAACUCACAUUUUCUUAGACGACGCUUUCGAAAUUUCCGAUCACAGCGAUGACGAUUCUCAAGUGAAUCGAUUCGUGAAACUUCUCAUAGAUACACUUGAUGAAGCUGCUUCCGAAGUACAUCAAACCAGCAUUCGAAUCCGGCCACCGAAGAAGUACCCGGCUCCGUACGGCGGGCGGUUGUCGUGGGUGCUGCCAGGAAAGACAAAAAUGAUUUGCCAUCUUAAAGACAAAGCAAAGAUUCGUCACAGGAAACGUUGGUCUCAGGUGAUGUACAUGUACUACCUUUUGGGUCACCGUCUAAUGGAGUUGCCGAUAUCCGUGGACCGAAAGGACGUUAUGGCUGAAAACACGUAUCUUCUGACUUUGGACGGAGACAUCGACUUCCAGCCUCAUGCUGUCAGACUGCUUAUCGAUUUGAUGAAGAAGAAUAAGAAUCUUGGAGCUGCUUGCGGGCGUAUUCAUCCAGUUGGAACAGGCCCCAUGGUGUGGUAUCAGAUGUUCGAGUACGCCAUCGGCCAUUGGCUGCAGAAGGCGACGGAACACAUGAUCGGAUGCGUACUCUGUAGCCCCGGCUGCUUCUCGCUCUUCAGAGGCAAGGCUCUUAUGGACGACAACGUUAUGAAGAAAUACACGCUACGAUCAGAUGAAGCUAGGCAUUACGUACAAUACGAUCAAGGAGAGGAUCGUUGGCUGUGCACCCUGCUGCUCCAGCGCGGAUACCGUGUAGAAUACUCCGCCGCGUCGGACGCGUACACGCAUUGCCCCGAAGGUUUCAGCGAGUUCUACAACCAGCGUCGUCGCUGGGUGCCCUCCACUAUCGCCAACAUCAUGGACCUGCUCGCCGACUAUAAGCACACCAUCAAGAUCAACGACAACAUUUCGACUCCGUAUAUCGCUUACCAGAUGAUGUUGAUGGGCGGUACGAUUCUGGGUCCCGGCACUAUAUUCCUUAUGUUGGUGGGUGCCUUCGUGGCUGCUUUCCGAAUCGACAAUUGGACCUCCUUCGAAUACAAUUUGUACCCGAUAUUGCUAUUCAUGUUUGUCUGCUUCACGAUGAAAUCCGAAAUUCAGUUACUGGUUGCUCAAAUUCUAUCGACAGCGUACGCUAUGAUAAUGAUGGCUGUAAUCGUCGGUACCGCGCUCCAGUUAGGCGAGGACGGCAUAGGAUCACCUUCGGCCAUAUUUUUGAUAGCGUUGUCGAGUUCCUUCUUCAUAGCGGCGUGCUUGCAUCCACAAGAGUUUUGGUGUAUCGUGCCCGGAAUCAUCUAUUUACUGUCUAUCCCAUCUAUGUACUUGCUUUUGAUUUUGUAUUCGAUUAUAAACUUAAACGUCGUAUCGUGGGGUACUCGAGAAGUGCAGACUAAGAAAACAAAGAAAGAAAUCGAGCAGGAGAAGAAAGACGCCGAGGAAGCAAAGAAGAAAGUUAAACAGAAGUCCCUCUUAGGAUUUUUACAAGGUGUAAAUAGCAACGAAGAAGAGGGAUCUAUUGAAUUCUCUUUCGCUGGGCUUUUCAAGUGCUUGCUUUGCACGCAUCCCAAGGGCAACGAGGAGAAAAUUCAGCUGUUGCAUAUUGCUUCGACGCUCGAAAAAUUGGAGAAAAAAUUGGAAACUGUAGAAAGGGCAGUUGAUCCACAUGGACUAAGUAGAGGACGUAAGCUAUCGAUUGGGCACAGAGGUAGUACGAAUGGCGAUCACGGGUUAGAUGCGUUAGCAGAGGACCCAGAGGACGAACACAACUCGGAUUCCGAUACCGACACUUUGUCUACUGUACCGAGGGAACGAAGAGAUGACCUCAUCAAUCCUUAUUGGAUAGAAGACCAAGAUUUGAAAAAGGGUGAAGUUGACUUUUUGAGUCAGGGAGAGCUGCAGUUCUGGAAGGAUCUCAUUGACAAAUAUCUCUACCCCAUUGAUGCUAAUAAGGAAGAACAGGACCGUAUAUCCAGAGACCUUAAAGAAUUGCGAAACUCGUCUGUGUUUUCAUUCUUUAUGGUCAAUGCCCUCUUUGUCCUCAUUGUGUUCUUAUUGCAACUGAAUAAGGACAACCUUCAUUUCAAAUGGCCGCUCGGAGUAAAAACUAACAUUACGUAUGAUGAGGUUACGCAAGAGGUAUUAAUUUCAAAAGAAUAUUUGCAAUUGGAACCGAUCGGUCUGGUAUUCGUGUUCUUCUUCGCGUUGAUUUUGUUCAUCCAGUUCACUGCCAUGUUGUUCCAUCGAUUUGGAACCCUUUCGCAUAUCUUGGCAUCCACUGAACUGAAUUGGUUCUGCGCGAAAAAGGCGGAAGACUUAUCUCAAGAUGCAUUACUGGAUAAAAAUGCAAUAGCAAUAGUAAAAGACUUACAAAAGUUAAAUGGAUUGGAUGACGACUACGACAACGAUUCGGGCUCUGGACCACACAACGUGGGCAGAAGAAAGACCAUCCAUAACUUGGAGAAGGCGCGACAGAAGAAGAGGAACAUUGGCACGCUUGAUGUGGCUUUCAAGAAACGAUUCUUUAAUAUGAACGCUAAUGAUGGACCAGGGACGCCGGUACUCAACCGUAAGAUGACCUUAAGAAGAGAGACGCUGAAGGCUCUAGAAACGAGGAGGAAUUCCGUGAUGGCGGAGCGAAGAAAAUCACAAAUGCAAACUCUCGGAGCAAACAACGAAUACGGAGUAACUGGAAUGAUGAACAACAAUCUUGUGGUACCACGUCAUCGCACAUCAACCGCUAACAUAUCGGUAAAGGAUGUGUUUGCCGAGCCCAACGGAGGGCAAGUGAACAGAGGCUACGAGACGACACUCGGUGACGAGGACGAGAGCAACUCCAUGAGGCUGCAGCCGCGGCAAAACCAGGUCUCCUUCCAGGGGAGGUACCAGUGACCGGGCUAGUGAGGUGCCUCAUAU